AUGGGUGGUUUUGAGCUCCAUCACCUCCAGGGAGCCAGCGGUGAGGCCAGAGUAUCCGGGCCCGGCACAGAACCCCCCAGGUCCGGCCCGGACCGAGCCGAGCGGCCGCCGGAGAGAGCCAUGGCUACCGCUAGCCAGCUAGCCGAGUGUGGAGCGAACCCACCGGCUGCCCCUCCUCUGGGUCCUCAGCUGCCGACGGAGCUGGACCAGAUUUCCAUGCGGCUUCAGGAGGAUGGCUUGCCUCCGGCAGCCAGUGCGGAGGAGCGGCAGCGACAUCUGUGGCAGCAGCUGCUCCGAGGGGAGACGAAGCUUCGGUCAGUCACACAGGAGCUGCAGACCUUACGGACACAGCAGGCCAAUGAGAUGACGGAGGUGGAGAGCUAUGUUGCACAUAUUCGUGGUCUGCUGGAAGAGCGGGAGUGUCUGACUGCAGACUACGAAAGAGAAAAUGAACACUUGCGACACGAGCUUCACCAGAUCAGACAGCAACAAGAGAGCCAGGCCAAAGAGCUGGCGGAGAUGCUGGCUCAGGAGGACCUAGUGGAGAUAGGCUUGAGCAGCCCCAGUGAGCAGGUUGCUUACCUGCUGGUGGAGAGGGCCACGCUGCUGGAAAGGUUGGAGGCGGCUGAGAGGAGACUGGAAAGUCAGAACCUCACAGGAAACUCAAUGGAGGGCCACCACCAGGGACAGCAGCACAUUCACCACAUGAUGGGCGACGAGCUGCGGCAGCGGAGGGAGAAUAUGCAGAAGAGCCUAGAUAACAUGACAAAGCAGUGCCCAUCCCAGAGUCCGUGGAAGAAGCUGUUUGGGCUGCGUAGGUCUGGUCAGAGCAAGCACAAUAUUACCCCUGCCCACAGCGAGGAGAUCUCACAAGAGCGGAAUGAGCGCCAGCGUCUGGAGCGGGACCUGGAGGAGGCGUCCAGGAGGCUGGCGAUGGCUCAUCAAGAUAUCCGUCGACUCACCAAUGAGCUGGAUGUGGCCAAAAACAGCCUCGACUCAAAUGGGUCUGGGCUUCAGGGAAUGGUCCAAGAAGUAGAAAACCUCAGAAGGGAAGUGGACAAACUGAAACACUGUGAUUUGAUGAAGCUGCAGCAAGCGAAAGAGCAAUACGACAGACUAGAUGUGGAGAACAGAGCUCUGAGGGAGAGAGUGCGCGCCAAAGAAUCAGAGAAGAAAAAUCUCCUUCAGAUGACAAUAAAUGACGCAGACCAAGAAUUUGUAGCUGAGGAGGAUCGAAAAAGCAUCAGCAUCGAACCACAAAACAAUCUGUCAGCCUCAUCAGCUCAGGAAAAGGAUCUCAUUCACAAACGGUGUCAUGAGGCGAUGGAAGAUGGGCUGGUGCAGGUCAGAGAGCUGCAGCGGCAACUCCAGAGGCUACGCAAGCAACAGGAGGAGCUGGAGGAGAGGAACGAGGAGCUGGAGGCCCUGCUGGGGGAGGCCCAGAAUGCCAGCAAGGAGGAGAGGCAUCGCCAGGAGGGGGAACUGGAGGGGCUUCACAGGAGGAUCAGAAGCCUGGAGGCAGAGCUGAAGAAGCAAGACGCACAUGAAAAAAUGAUGAGGAACGGAGAAGAGGUCAAAAGCACUGAGUCCUACCUACAGCUGCACUUGAGGGACAGUAGCCAGGAGAGAUUGGCUCUGCUGGAGGCCCGGCUGACCGAGGAGAAGGACUGGAGGAAACAGUUGGAGGUGGACCUCAGUGCUGCUCAGGCUGCCCUCAAGAAAGACAAAGGGGCUUUGCAGAUAGGUGAGCGAGAGCUGAAGAAGCUGAGGCUGGAGGUCAACAGCCUUCAGACAGAAUGUCAACAAGGGAAAACGCUCAUCAAGAGCCUCACACAGGUCAAAGGGGAAAAAGCAGUUCUGGAAGAAAAGUUGGCCCAGAUGGAGCGCGCCCACAAUCGACUCCAGAGCGACCUAGAGCACCGUGUGGACAAUAACCGGACCCAUGAGGACCUGAUGGAAAACAGGCUUCAGGUGGAGCAGCUGCAGGAGCAGGCUGAUCGACUGAGUGCUGAACUCCGAAGCCUCCAGACGGCACACAACAGCCUGAGGGAUGAAAUGGUUUCUGAGCGGCGGCAGAGUGCAGAGCUCCAGGCCAAGCUGAGCUCCAGUGUCCAGGAGAAGCUGGCAGCUGUGGGGGAGAGAGAGAGACUGGAGCUCAAGACCGAGCGACUCAAUGAGCAGCUCAAGUGGCAUCAAGAGCAGCUCGCCUCCACAAAGGAAGCACUUAGUAGCAGCCAGAAGCUGGAACUGCACACAGCUCAUACUGAAUCCAGACUAAGUCCAGUGGAGAGGACCAGGGAUGAAAGCUUGGAUCAGCUUUCAUGUCUGAAACAGGAGCUGAAUCAUACGCAGGACAAGCUGGGAGAGGAGCGGCAGCUGGCCCAACUGGCCCUGCAGGCUCAGGUCAAAGAAGCCCAGGCACGCAUCAAAUCCCAGGACUCGGUGCUGAACCAGAAGACAGAGGAGGCCAAACAGAUGAAGCAGGACCUGCAGAGGGCCCAGAGCCUGUUCACCUCAGCAGAGAGAGAGCUGCGCUAUGAGAAAGAGAAGAACAUGGACCUGAAGAGACACAACACGCUGCUGGACCAGGAAAAACUCAAGCUUUGUGCAGAGCUGAAGCAGGUCCAGAACAAGCUCGUGCAGGUGGAGCAGACUCUCCACGCUCAGUCGGCUCAGAGCGAACGGCAGCAGCAGAGAAUCAGGGAGCUUGAGCUGGAGCUGGCACGCAACUCCACGAAUCGCAGCGCCACCACCAGUCUGCAGGAGGAUCUGCAGUCCGAGAGGGCUCAGCUCAUCGCAGCUGACAAGAAGGUGUUGGAGCUGCAGCAGCAUCUUAAAGGUGCCCAGCACCAGCUGCGUGUGGAGGAGGCUCGGGCCGGAGAGAGCAGCCGCCUGGAGCGGGACAGCAGGGACCUGUCUGACACCUUGUCAGCCCUGAGAGCCAAGCAGCAUGAGGAGCACAUCACCAGGAAGCUGUUGGAGCAGCGUCAGGAGGAGCUGCAGCAGCAGGUUCGCUCCCUUCGGCUGAAGGACGCCUCUCUGACCAGGACCAACACGGAGCUCAGCCACCGUGCCCAGCAGCUGGACACCCGACUGGCCGUCCUGGAGGCCGAGCUCAGCAAGGCCAGGGAGGAGGCGAGAGACAGCCAGAAGUCCAGGCACAGACUGCAGGAGGAGCUGGCAGCCAAUCAGCAGGAGUGUGACAGGCUGCAGGGAGAGCUGCAGCAGGUUCUCCUCCAAUUUGACAUGCGCGUCAGGAAGUACGACGAAAAGCAGAGUCAUCACAAGACCAAGCUGCGUCAGGCCAAACUGAUCUUUCUCAAGGCGACUGCACAGAGGGACUGCACCAUCCAGAGACUGGAGAACGACCUGGCGUUGGCCUCCAGCCUUUCGCACAAGGAGAAGGAAAGGAUCCACACGGUGAUGGAGGAGAAUGAGAAACUUUUAGAGGAGAAGAGGGAACUGCUGAGGAACAUGAGUGACGCAGAAGAAAUGGGCAGCAAAGGCAUGAGGACCGCUUCGACCAUUCAACACAGGGUCAACGUCUUAGAAGUGGAAAACAGACAACUACAGGAUCGGACCCUGAAGCUCUCCAAUCAAGUUAGUUCCCUAGAGCGUGCCCUGAGGAAUUCCCAGUCAUUCUACAGCCUAGAGAAUGCCAAGAAGAUGCACCCCUCUGAAAGUCUCUGUGACAGCAUCCUACAUGCAUCUACGCUAAGUCUGAUGUCAGGUUCAUGUGACCCACUGGACAUCCUGGACAAACUCUGCCGUGGGAAGGUGGGCGACCGAGCGGUGAUGGACAGCACUCGAGCUUCUGUCUCCUCACACCAGCUAUCGGAGCAGGGCUACCUGAAUCUCACCUCCCCUCUGGUUUCUCCUGAGGCCAAGGGCUCGGAGGAGAGCUCUAGUAAUGGUGACAAGGUAUGAAAGCGUUCUGACUGCGGCUGUGUUUGCAACAGCAGGAACGUGUGCUGUAACUCAACAUGUUUGAAAGCACUUCGUAUUCGCCGCCUC